AUGGAGGAGGCAGAGAUGGGCUUUCAUCGGGAGUGGGAGAGACUGGAGGCGGAGCGCCUUCGGCUCUCCGACUGGGAGCGCCGCCUAGGGGACCGCAUCAAGACGAUCACCUCCCGCCACGUCGAGGAGCGAGCCCAGCUCAAGCAGGAGCAUGACGACCUGCAGGAGCAGUUGCAGAGGGUCCUCGAGCGAGAGGCGGCGGCUGCCCGGCGGGAGAAAGCGGCCGCCCGGCGGGAGAAGGUGGUUAUCGAGUGGGAGCUCGUGAUGGAGGAGAGGACGAAGGCCGCUCUCGACCUAACCAACCACGCCAAGGCAGCGUUGAAGUUGAUCGAAGAGCAGCGCGCCGCUCUCCAGGAACAGGAGAUGGGCCUCCGGGAGAGAGGGAUGGCACUUCCGGAGAGGGAGGUGGUGCUCCAAGAAAGGGAGGCCAAGGUGGAGGAGCUCCUGGCAGAGUGGAGCGCCGGGAUCGACCGGGUUGUGAGGUGGGUCGACGAAGUGAACCCCUCCCUAGAUGCUCUCAGGCUAAGUCCCAUCCAGGUCGUUGAGGCCCCUCCUUCACUUGGCACCGUCCUCCCGGUGCUGGACUCCGCUGUCCAGCGGCUACGACACAUGGAGUCCGCCAUCCUCGACCGCCUAGAGACGGAAGGGCGAGUGGUUGCCCGGGCGAUGGCGGAGUACAUUCUUACUUGCUACCGGAGCCACGACCCCACCAUUCCACUGGCUCCAAUCCUGGUUGGCCCCGUCCGAGCAAUGGCGACCACUGCACAGGAAGGAGUGUAG